UCUCAAAUUAUAAAUCUCACAAUAGGUGACGCUGUUGCCUAUCAAAGUGCUCUCCCUCCUUUUACUUGAAUGUCCACGUAUCCGUGUGUUGCGCGCCUCUCAUUGAGUCUGAAAAAAAAUAGAGAAGGAAAACUUCAUAGAAAUGGCGGAGGGUGCAACGUCUCUCAAAGGGUUGCGAGCCCAAAUGGCUGCAGCUGCGCAGGCGCAGGCAGAGGAGCGGCGUAGCCUAUCAGGGAACAGCCCAGGACCUGCUGCAAACACCACCAACACAACAGCUAAGACUCAGGGGCCCAGGCCAGUCAUCGACGGCGCUGCACUCAGGAUAGACGACAGACUGAGAGUUGCCAAAGAGAGGCGUGAGGAGGCAGAUAAACAGCAAGCUGCGCGUGAGUCCCAGAUCCUGGAGCGCGAGCGGAAGGCCAAGCUGCAGCUGGAGCGCCAGAUGGAGGAGCGUCAGAGGAAGCUGGAGGAGCAGCGCAGGAAGGAGGAGCAGAGGCGCUCGGCCGUGGAGGAGAAGAGGAAGCACAAGCAGGAGGAGGAGAAGGAGCACUACGAGGCGGUGAUGCGGCGCACCCUGGAGCGGAGCCAGCGAGUGGAGCAGAGGCAGAAAAGGUGGUCCUGGGGAGGACUGGCCACAGACGUCGACGGCCGACCCGGAGACUCUGACGGAGGUGCAUCCUCACCGGUAGCUAUAGUUAUCUCCCCAGCGUCUCCAGAAAAGCCCCCCAGGACCCGACAAGUGGAUAAGCGCUCCACGUCCACAAUGAACCUGAAACAGUCGUCCGAGGCUGGCAUCAGCAAACGCCUCUCCUCUUCCUCCGCAACCCUAAUCAACUCUCCCGACAAAAGUGUUAAGCGGAGGAGUUCGUCUUUGAACCGGUUGCCUAACAACGGCACUGCCUCUCAGCCAACUAAGGAAGCCAGCAAAAAACCUCAGGUGGAACAGACAGGCCCGUCCGUGAAGAAGAGAAGCUCCUCCCUCACACGAGAUGGCAGGGGCAAAACCCCGCCCCCUGCCAAGCUCGAGAAAGGGUCAUCGGACGAGCAAGCUCGCAGGCCCCUGGUCAGCCCCAUGGAAGGAGGGGUCCUCAGUCGCCUGCUCACCCCCACCCAGGCCUCACUAGCUAGGAGCAAGAGUGCCGCCGCCCUGUCGGCCGAAGGAGCAGACGCCCCAGGUAACCCCCCGCCCCCAUCCCCAGGGGAGAAGACCGACCCCCUGUAGAGAGGGAGGAUGCUGCAAGGCACAGAGACCUCCACACACCCCCCGCCCCCGCCCCAUCAGUCGUCUGUCAGAUAUCACCAGCCAGCUAACGUUUCCACACCUUGUCCCCCCUCCCUCAUAAUGUCUCCAGCGAAUCUAAAGCGUGAACCGUGGCUUGGUUGUUGUUGGUGGGUGUGUGUACAGAGCAGUGGUGGCUUUAGAUUAGGUGCUGCUGUUUGUUUUGGGGCCCCUGCUUGCUUGAUUGCUUCUUGAUUAGUU